CGUUUCUGUCCAUCCAUUCAAUCUCCUUCUCUCGACUUCUCAAUACACGCUGGGACUCUUCUGUGCUCACCUGCCAGACUGGUGUAUUUCUCUCUCUCUCUCUCUCUCUCUCUCUCUCUCUCUUUCUCUCUCUCACUCAUACACCCACACACCCACACACACACACACAAAUACUUUCAGGAGACUUUGGUGUCCCACUGGCACCGUAGACCUCCUACCGGUUUCUUUGCCCUUCACUGCUCAUCAUUCCAGAAUACGGGGAGAACUUGGCACUGGCGGCCCGGAAGAUUCUGCUGGGCGCCACCGCCAUCAUGCUUCUCAUCAUUUUGGUCGUACUCAUUCCGGUCUUGGUGAACUCAGUGGGCAGCAAUGAGGAUGGUAGACGCUACGAGGUGUUGGGCACCUGCCGCAUGGUCUGCGAUCCAUACAUGGACAAGGCAGGCACUGUCGCAACGGGAAUCAGUUCAGCAGCAGGCAUCGACGUGCUAGCUGAAGCGGAGCCACUAAGCGACCACAGUGUGAGCCCGCCGCUGCCAACGUACAUCCAUGGCAGGCCGGGAAAACCUGGAAAACCUGGACCUCCUGGACCACCAGGGCCACCUGGAGAGCCCGGUCCUCCAGGUCAGAUGGGGCCACCAGGAGAAAAAAGCAAGACAGCAGUUGCUGGCAUUGGCAGCUUUAAUACCGGUCCACAUGUGGCAUUCUACGCCGGCCUACGGAACCCGCAGGAGGGCUACGAGAUCCUGAGGUUUGAUGAUGUUGUCACCAACAUUGGCAAUAAUUAUGAUGGUGCAUCAGGGAAGUUUGUGUGCAAGGUUCCCGGUACAUACUUCUUUACCUACAAUGUACUCAUGAGGGGCGGCGAUGGGACCAGCAUGUGGGCAGAUCUUGUGAAAAAUGGACAGGUGAGGGCAAGUGCUAUAGCCCAGGACCAGGAUCAGAGCUACGAUUACGCCUCAAACACAGUGAUCCUGCACCUGGACCCUGGAGACGAGAUCUUCAUCAAGCUGGAUGGUGGCAAAGCUCACGGUGGAAACAGCAACAAAUACAGUACCUUUGCAGGCUUCAUCCUUUACUCUGAUUAGCGGAGUUGAGGUUAAGGUUUGUGAUUUCUUAAAGGGGAGAUAUUUAAGUGUCUUGAAAAGGACAGGGCAACUUCACUAAUCUUCAGACUAUUAAGUAAAGAAAGGGGUUAAAUUGGGGCUAAAUUUAGGGGUUGACCAAAAUACUUAUGAAUUAGAUAGAUGGCUGUAUUUUUUUCCAUCUAAAAGUAUUCAAUGUAUCAUUCAAUUCAUACAGUGUUUUACAUAAGUAUUCACCCCAAUCCCCACACCUCCUUUACUUUUCCAUGUUUUGUACUGUCGUAUAAGUAGACAGCUGAAGAUUGGAAAAACAUUGUCUGGCCUGGUUCACUUGUCCAGUUUCGGUGAACUUGGGUCCACUGUACUGUAGCUCAGAUUCCCAUUCUUGGCUGACCAGAGUGGACCCGUUGUGGUCUUCUGCUGUUGUAGCACAACUACCUCAAGGUUCAAUGUGUUGUGCAUUCUGAGAUGCUUUUCUGUGCACCACAGUUGUAAAGAGUAGCUAUUUGAGUUUCCGUAGCCUUCCUGUCAACUUGAACCAGUCUGGCCAUUCUCCUCUGGCCUCUCUCAAUAAAAUGUGUGACUUCUAAUGGGUAACUAAUAUAGAGGCUUGUUGUAGCCCACCCACCUCAAGGCUUGAUGUGUGGUG